CCGGGAACUGCGGGCUCGCGCUGUCGGCUGGGCCUCGCACCGGCUGUGCACUUGCCCUGCGAUGUCUCGUCGGAAGCCUGCGGCGGGCGGUUGCGGUGCCUCCGGCCCAGCCUCUGCGAGGCAAGCGGUUUUGAGCCGGUUCUUCCAGCGUACGGGAAGUCUGAAGUCCAUCUCCUCCCCCACGGCCACAGGGGGCCAGACGGACCCCGACUCCGCAGCGUCCCGAGCGUCCGCCUUCCCGCUGGUGCAGCCACACCUGGCUGCAAAAAUUGACAGAAGUAAAAAGAGACCUCUGGGAAAUGAUGAACCUGAUAAAAAGAAAGCAAAGAAAGUCCAAGAAAAGGAAGGAGGGAGUGAUUUGGUGUCUGGCAACCCCGAGCAAAAGAGAUGUCUGAGGACAAGGAAUGUUUUAAAAUCUCUGGAAAAAUUGAAAGAAUUCUGCUGUGAUUCUGCCCCUCCUCAAAACAGAGUCCAGACAGAACCUCUUCAGAAGAGAUUUGCAGUCCUGCCAAAAUGUACCGAUUUUGAUGAUAUCACUCUUCUACGGGCAAAGAAUGCAGCCUCUUCUGAAGAUGCCAGGUCUCAAAUUAAUCAAAAGGGCAAGAUGCUUUGUGAUCUCAGUCAGUUUGGAUCAUCACAUAGUCAAGACAAUUUACAGAAAACUUCUGAUUCUAAACCAUCUAAUAAACGAUCCAAAAGCAUCUAUACACCGUUAGAGUUACAAUACAUAGAGAUGAAGCAGCAGCACAAAGAUGCAGUGUUGUGUGUGGAAUGUGGAUAUAAGUAUCGAUUCUUUGGGGAAGAUGCAGAGAUUGCAGCCCGGGAGCUCAAUAUUUAUUGCCAUUUAGAUCACAACUUUAUGACAGCAAGUAUCCCUACUCAUAGGCUGUUUGUUCAUGUUCGUCGCUUGGUGGCAAAAGGAUAUAAGGUGGGAGUUGUGAAACAAACUGAAACGGCAGCAUUAAAGGCCAUUGGAGACAACAAAAGUUCACUCUUUUCCCGCAAAUUGACUGCUCUUUAUACGAAGUCUACACUCAUUGGCGAAGAUGUGAAUCCCCUAAUCAAGCUGGAUGAUGCUAUAAAUGUUGAUGAGAUAAUGACUGAUACUUCUACGAACUACCUUCUGUGUGUCUGUGAAAAUAAGGAAAACAUUAAGGACAAAAAAAAGGGGAACAUUGUUAUUGGCAUUGUGGGAGUACAGCCCACCACAGGUGAGGUUGUGUUUGAUAAUUUCCAGGACUCAGCCUCCCGCUCAGAGCUGGAAACGCGGAUGUCUAGCUUGCAGCCGGCUGAACUACUGCUUCCAUCAGCCUUGUCAGAGCCCACAGAGGCGCUCGUCCGCAGAGCCACUGCUGUCAGUGUGCGGGAUGACAGAAUUCGAGUCGAAAGGAUGGAUAAUGCUUAUUUUGAAUAUAGCCAUGCUUUCCAGGCGGUUACAGAGUUCUAUGCAAAAGAUGUGGCUGACAUCAAAGGUUCUCAAAUGAUUUCUGGCAUCGUUAGCUUGGAGAAGCCAGUGAUUUGUGCUUUGGCUGCCAUAAUAAGAUACCUCAAAGAGUUUAACUUGGAUAGGAUGCUCUCCAAACCCGAGAAUUUUAAACAGCUAUCGAGUGAGAUGGAAUUUAUGACAAUUAAUGGGACAACGUUAAGGAACUUGGAAAUUCUACAGAAUCAGACUGAUAUGAAAACCAAAGGAAGUCUGUUUUGGGUUUUAGACCACACCAAAACUUCAUUUGGAAGACGGAAAUUAAAGAAGUGGGUGACCCGGCCACUCCUUAAAUUAAGGGAAAUCAAUGCCCGGCUUGAUGCGGUGUCUGAAGUUCUCCAUUCUGAAUCAAGUGUCUUCAGCCAGAUAGAAAAUCAUAUGUAUAAGCUGCCCGACCUAGAGAGAGGACUCUGCAGCAUUUAUCACAAAAAAUGUUCUACCCAGGAGUUCUUCUUGAUUGUCAAAACCCUGUAUCAUCUGAAAUCAGAAUUUCAAGCAAUAAUACCUGCUGUCAAAUCCCACGUUCAGUCAGAUCUGCUCCAGACAGUGAUUUUAGAAAUUCCUGACCUACUCAGCCCAGUGGAGCAUUUCUUAAAGAUACUCAAUGAGCAGGCUGCCAGAAUUGGAGAUAAAACUGAAUUAUUCAAAGACCUUUCUGGUUUCCCUUUAAUAAAAAAGAGGAAGGAGGAAAUUCAAGAAGUAACUGAAAAGAUCCAAAUACAUUUGCAGGAAAUAAGAAAAAUACUAAAAAAUCCUUCUGCACAAUAUGUGACGGUGUCAGGACAGGAGUUUAUGAUUGAAAUAAAGAACUCUGCCAUAUCAUGCAUACCAACUGAUUGGAUUAAGGUUGGAAGCACAAAAGCCGUGAGCCGCUUUCACUCUCCUUUUAUUGUGGAGAAUUACAGGCAUCUGAAUCAGCUCCGGGAGCAGCUUGUCCUUGACUGUGGUACCGAGUGGCUUGGUUUUCUGGAGAAGUUUGGGGAGCAUUACCACUCCUUGUGUAGGGCCACGUAUCACCUGGCAACUGUGGACUGCAUUUUCUCCCUGGCCAAGGUCGCCAAACAAGGACAUUACUGCAGGCCAACUGUGCAAGAAGAAAGGAAAAUCAUGAUAAAGAACGGGAGGCACCCCGUGAUCGACGUGUUGCUGGGAGAACAGGAUCAGUAUGUUCCCAAUAGUACAGACUUGUCAGAGGACUCACAGAGAGUAAUGAUAAUCACCGGGCCAAACAUGGGCGGAAAGAGUUCGUACAUAAAGCAGGUCGCGUUGAUCACCGUCCUGGCACAGAUUGGCUCCUACGUCCCUGCAGAGGCGGCCACCGUGGGGAUUGUUGACGGCAUCUUCACAAGGAUGGGUGCUGCGGACAAUAUCUACAAGGGACGGAGCACCUUUAUGGAAGAACUGUCUGACACAGCAGAAAUCAUCAGAAAAGCAACACCACAGUCCUUGGUGAUUCUGGAUGAGCUGGGGCGCGGCACAAGCACACAUGAUGGGAUUGCCAUUGCAUAUGCCACGCUGGAGUACUUCAUUAGGGAUGUAAAAGCCUUAACCCUGUUUGUCACCCACUAUCCACCAGUGUGUGAACUAGAAAGAAGUUACUCACAGCAGGUGGGAAACUACCACAUGGGAUUCCUGGUCAAUGAAGACGAAAGCACACAGGACCCAGGCGAAGAAGAACAAGUCCCUGACUAUGUCACUUUUCUCUAUCAAAUAACCAGAGGUGUUGCGGCAAGGAGUUACGGAUUAAAUGUGGCUAAGCUGGCAGAUGUUCCUGGGGAGAUUUUGGAGAAGGCCGCUCUCAAGUCCAAGGAGCUGGAAGGAUUAGUGAACAUGAAAAGGAAAAGGCUAAAGCAUUUUGCCAAGUUAUGGACGAUACACAGUGCAAAAGACCUGCAAAAGUGGAUGGACGAGUAUGAGAUGGAAGAAAAAGAUUUCUCUUCCCAAUUAAAAUGAAGACCACAUCUUUGAACAAAACAUGAAAAAUUAAAAACACCAACUGUAUACAAUAGCUCCCAAGAGCGCUUUCAAUGUAUGACCUUGAGAUGAUGUCACGGCGGUGGUUGUUCCGAGGCAGAGGCUUUCUGAAGAAAGUCCUUCUCAGGCUUCUGUCCUUCUCACUUCUCCAAGUGUGGAUGCUUUUUAAUACUCAGGCGUCUUUUGUGUAAUUAGAAUAUUUUAUGAACAGUAAAUGUCACAUAAAAUCAACACUGUCUAAAUAAAGUCUUAAUGAUAGGAUGUGGGUCAUGAACUUUUGGAGGGUGAUAUAAAAUCUACUUCAUAUUUUUAUUUCAGUUCAGAUGCUUGGCAGCUGGGUGACUCUGGCAGGAAUUCUACCUUUCCAUUUUAACUGAAAUAAUUUUAUAAUGCUACCAGUUAAUUCACCAAGAACAUAGGGAUUUUUUAAUAAGACAUAGAAUUAUGAAGCUUUUAACAGCUAGAGCAAGGAAAGAAUAAGGCCAUAUGAAUUUGGAAAAGUUAGAUAUUGUCAUAGUUUUAAGCAGUUUAAAGAUUGUUGGAUGAAAUUAUUUACUGUCCACUUGAGUAAUAAAUAUUUAAUGAAUACCUGC